UAACCGCAUUAGAGGAUGCAGAAGCGUCCGAAAGCGGAAAUGAAGCGCGUGACGGGGCCGGCCAAGCCGCCUCGUCUGAAGGCCGCCAAAAAGCAGUUGCAGUUCGAGAGUCCGCUGCCGCGAAGGACACGCGCCAUGCAGCAGCAGCAGAACAACGACCAUCCUCCCCAGCAGGAAAAGCAGGAGCACCAGCAAGAGCAAAGGCAAGAGGCAGCAGACAAAGUCAUUGCUAUGCCGGGCAGCAGCCAGGAUGCGGACACGGAUGCGGCAGCGGAAGCAGCAGUGGACGUGCCAGAAACAGACCCAGAUCCUGCCCAGCUCACGGUGACACAGUCGCAGUCCUCAUCCUCCGCUGCAAGAAGGCGUCUCGCCGAGGGCUGCACCAGUCUUAUGUACGCCUGUCAGCGGGGCGACAUUGUCCAAGUGUUGGCCCAAAUGCGCGAAAAGCCGGAAUUGCUGCGGCAGCGGGACCGAAGCCACCGCAACGCGCUGCACUACUGUGCCGCCCAGGACUCGGAAGGGAGCAAGGACCUCGUGGCGGCCGCCAGCAUUGCGAUCGCAGCCCCCGAGCUGCUGGAGUCGGCGGACGAGGAUGGCUUCACACCGCUCCAUCUGGCCGUCAUCCAGGGCAACCUGGCCAUGGUCAACCUGCUGCUGGCCAACAAGGCGGAUGUGAACGCGGUGGACAAUGAGGGCCAUUCGGUGGUGCACUGGGCGACAGUUUGUGGGGAGGUGGAGUCCUUGCGAGCGGUCCUGGCUGCCGGAGCCAGUGUGGCCAAGCCCGACGCCAAUGGUGGCACUCCGCUGCACUAUGCCGCCCAGAUGUGUGGCGCCAGCCAUGAUAGCAAGCAGCAGGCCAGUUCCAGCAACAGUUCAAAGCUCUCGCUCGAGAUCCUGGGCAUCCUGCUGUCCCAUCCGCAGAGCAGUGUCGAUGUCCAGGACAAGGAUGGUCGCCAGCCGCUGCUGUGGGCUGCAUCGGCGGGCUCGGCAAAGGCAGUGAUUGCCCUGGUCAAAGCGGGUGCCCGGGUGGAGUCGUCGGAUAAAGAUGGCCUCACUGCCCUGCACUGUGCUGGUUCACGUGGACACACUGAGUGCAUUGACACCUUGAUAAGCCUGUGUGGUGCUCACACGGAUCUUAUCGAUUCCAAUGGCUGCACAGCUCUGCACUAUGCCGUAACGUUGGGCCACGCCGAUGCCACUGCCAGAUUGCUGGACUUGGAGGCUGAUCCCAAUCGCCAGGAUCGCAAAGGACGAACACCUGCCCACUGCGGUUGCUCCAAAGGACAGUUUGAGACCCUUAAGUUGCUGAAAGAGCGUGGUGCUAAUCUCUGGCUGCGCAAUGCCAAGGGUGAUCUGCCGCUCCACGAAGCCGCCGCCUCGGGGAGAAGAGAGCUUCUCGAGUGGUUACUUGCCCAGAGGCCCAAGCAAGUGAACACCACCAGCAAUGAUGGACGCAGCUUGCUGCACAUUGCAGCGGCCAAUGAUUACACCGACAUGUGUAAGCUGCUGCUGGACUACGGAGCAGAUGUGAAUGCUGUGUAUCGAAACUCAAGAGGAUUGGUCCUAACACCACUGGAUGGAGCUCUGCAGCGUGGUCAUCGCUCCACGGCCAAGUUCCUGCAGGCCAACGGCGGUCAGCCGGCCAACAAGGUGCGAUUGUCGAGCAGGAGGAGUGGGAAUCCCUUCCACGAAACCAACGCUACUGACAUGGUGAGACCCUUAAAGUACGUGGAGAAGGAGGAGCUGCACGAUCUGCGCAGCUCCAAGAAGUACGUGGUGUACCUAAAACGCUCCGAUUCGGAUAAUGGAAACGGAAAUGGUAAGGCGGAUGAAGUAGAUGGGGAUUGCAGCUGCUCGGAGCAAACUUAUCGCAAGGAGCAGCGAUUGAGGCACGUUUGUCGGCGUCACAAGAGAAGACAACUGAGGAGGCGCACCAGCAGUUGUGGGGAGUCCAAGCACGAGCGGUGCAGCGAGAUCUGCCGCUCCAAAAGCAACAUCGAGAUUCGAAGGCGGAAGUCCAGGGAGCGGUAUGCUAGCUCUAGUGAGUGGGAGGAGGAGAGUGCCGAGGACUCCUGCGAGAACUGUUGCUACCACAAGCGACAAAAGGAUCGCGUGGUUAAUCGCAAGCGUUUUACAUCCUCUAGGAAGUCAAAAAACCGAGACAGCAGCGAUCCGGACGAGAAAAAUCACACGGAAAAUCACUCAUCGCCUGAGAAGAGUUCGCGGAAACCACUCACCGCCAAUGGGGAUCACCAGGCUGGCAACGACAAGGAUCAAACCAUUGUCAAGGAACGACCACCUUCAGCCAGCAGGCAUCAAACGCCACCUACUAAAGAGGGAACUUUUAUCAAGUCUCCAAACCAAAGCGCAAUGAGUGAAAAGUCCGGACAAAUGGAUAACCUCUUGGUAGAGGAGUCUCAUGCAGUUGAGCUAACAGAUGAAGAACAGGAGGCAGCCAAGUCUGUGGUCACUCAGGUAGACGUGCAUCACGAUGCCGAGGAAAUCCAAACUUCCAAAUCUUCCGAGGAAGCACCACCUGCAGAGGAAAAUGGUACGACGAAGGAGACGGAGCAGGAAGUCAAGCUCCAGCUGAGUGAGGAGGAGACGCAGUUGGUCUCCAAGGAGGUGGAGCAGGUGAUCAAGAUAGCUGCCACUGCGCUGAGCAGCGAGUCCAAAAGUUCCAGUGAGGAAAAGUCAGUGGAAAAGGACCUUCUCAAAGAGGGUCAGGAAGCUGGGGAAAAUCCUGACGAUGAGGUAAAGGAACACCAAAAUCCUCCAACCCCAUCCCCAGCACCAGCACCAGCACCACAGCCAACCACACCUCCACCACCCCCCAAGGCCGCAAAGCCACCAAGUGCCGCAGAACAACCACAGCCUAAUGCCAACACGGUGGAAGGGAUGGAAUCUGCGGCUGCAGAGCCAGCGUCUGUUGGCAAAAAAACCGAACAGAUGGAGCAGGCUGAAGCCAAGCCUAAACCAAAUACCAAUCCUACUCCCACACCUCCGCCCACCGCUGUUCCACCCGCUCCUCCCUCUGCAGAGCCCAAAAAGCCACCAGCAGCACCACAGCCACGCCCAUCCACAGCCCAAACGCCCACUCCACCCCAGCCGGAGCCACCGCAAAGGGAACAGGAGACGAGGCGCUCCUUUACACUCCUGCCUUCCGAUUCGGCGGACGACGACCCAGUUCUGAAUCCGAAUUCAAAUCCUCCAGCCUCAGCUUCCGAUGAGCCGGCCGGUGAAAGGAAAUCGAGCUUCCAAGUUCUGAAAAGCGAUGACUCCCUGGAUGAAAGCACAAAACGACCUGGACGCAAGGUCGACUACGAAGCGGGCAAUCAAGUAUUUCAGGUGGUAGGCGAAGGGGCGUCUGCCGUCCAGCUGCCCAGUGCCGCGGAGCUGGAGAAGAUGGACUACGAAUAUGAAGAGGACGAGUACGAAUACGAUGAUGAUGAGAGGGAUGGUAUUGAUCCGGAGCACGAUAGUGCCUUGCGUCGUUUUCUUAGCAGUGGAAAUCGACAUGGAGUGGGCAAUACCAGCGUGGCAGGUGGAGCAGCUGCAGCCGGAGCAUCCAUGGCGGAUGACGCAUGUGAGGGCAGUGGAGGAAGGAAGCGUCGCCUCAAGAAGCGCGUGCGCAGCGGCAACAAAACGCGCAGCAAUUGGAAAAACUCUCAGGAUUCGCGCGAUGGCGGCAACAUGUCUGCCUUGGCCACCACCAAGGACCAGGAUUCCGGUUUCGAGCCGAGUCCGCGGGCUGAGCGCAGCAAGAUACCCACACUGCGGUCCGCCCACACCGCCCACAUGCCGCGUCGACCCAUCUACGCCACAUUGGACGGACGCUCCUGCAGCAGCCGGAUGGAAAACCGCAAACCGGGAGACAAGGGCGCCUGCGACAUGGGCGCCGUCACCCGGUCCAUACAGCGCAAUAUUAGGAGAUAUUACAUGGAGCGCAAGAUCUUCCAGCAUCUCCUGGAGCUCAAGUCGCUGCAGAUUCGCUCCAGCAAGCUGAACGAGGCGGUGCUGGUGAAGCGGGCGGUGGACGACUACCACAAGUCCUGUGUCCUUCUGGGCGGCGAAACGGGCACGCGACUCAGGCGCUACAACUUCAGCGAGUACACGUUCAAGAACUUCGAGCUCUUUCUCUACGAGACGCUCAAAGGACUCCAGCGUCCCGGCACCAACAACUUCCAGAACAUCAACGAGGUGUACGAGGAGGCGGAGCGCCGACUGAGUCCGGACUACAAUGCCUACGAGAAGGCGCUGCAGUGCACCACCAAGACGCACCGAUGUCUCCACGCGGCUCAUGCCUAUACGGGAAUACCUUGCGCCGCCUACAUUCCCAUGAUGAAUCACCACACGAUGCCAAAGUUCGGCUUUGGACCGUACAAGAAGACCGGCAGCGUGAGCAGCUUCUUCCUACCGAAGAUCCUGACCAGCGGGCGCGCCUCCAGCGGCCGGGCGGGCGGCAUGGGAAGCGCCAGCGGUAGCCGCUGUAAUCACAAGGUGGCGCUGGAGUUGUCGCACGGCAAGAACAAACAGCUAAUUUCACUGCCUGCGGAAAAGCUGGACAGCAACAAACGAUAUUACGUCACGUUCACAGUGAAGGACUCCUCGGGGCCAUCUGCGUACCAGCAGCAGCAGCAGCAGCAGCAGCAGCAGUGCGGCAAUUCCGCGAGCGGCAAGUAGUGCCCACCGGCGGCGUACUACACACACGCGAAUGCGUAUACGUAAUGUGGCGCACGGUGCGUAUACGCCAUCGGCCAUCGUCGAGGCAUCAAGCGCCCGCAUCUUCAGGCUGCAUGUUGUGCUGUUUUUGUGCUGUCGCUGACUGUGCCACUGCUGCUGCUCCAAAUGCAUUAAAACAAUGCCAUCGCAACAUUUUGUGUCGCUGCUCCCGCCGCUGUUGUUGCCAUUGUUGUGGCCACCCGUUGUCCGCGUUGCCUUUUUUCCAUUCGCUUCCUGUCCUGAUGCCGUAGUAAUGCCACGGAAAAUGCUGGCUUCGCUGGGUAGUCCAAUUACAUUGGCCAAAUCAAACUCUUUCAACACUUAGACCUUAAAAACUCUUUGGCUUCUUAAAAUACAUUGACUUGGUUAAGUUGAGAAGGAAUUAAGUUUUAUUUUAGCUUUCAUAGCUAGCUGCUUUUUUGUUAAUUACAGGGUAUGUGAGUGUCCACCGCUGCUGCCUCUGCUGCACUUUAAGAUGGCCAACUGCUGAUAAUGGAUGAUGGCUCUGCUCUGCGGCUGUCAGUUGAAGUUGUCACGCCAGCAGCGAUGCAGGCAGCAAUGGCAGCGGAAAAAGCAAAAGCAGCAGCAGCAGCACCAGCGAUUGCUAAGGCAACGGCAGCUUAAAUUAUGUGGUCCUCCAAACCCGGACAGUUCAAAUGUUCAGUUGUUCAGUUGCUCAGUUGCUCAGUUGCUCAGUUGCUCAGUUGCUCAGUUGCUCAGUUCCUCAUUUGUUCAGUUGCUCAGUUGUUGGGUUCUUCAGCUCUGCGUUGCAUUGUUUGCCUGUAUUUCGCAUUCUUUUUUGCCGUCCGUUUGUUUGUUUGUCUGUCCGUUUGUUUGUCCGUUGGCACUGCCGCUGCGCUUUUAUUUCAGUUUUUCAUUAUCAUUUUUUGUCGCAGUCGCUGGUUCCUGUUGUUUGGAGGGGGCUGCCGUGCUCCUAAUGCCGCAGAUAAGCGUUGUUAUUAACGCUCGGCUUACCAGGACUAGGCGACAGGCGUGAGGACAUGCCGCCCAUCGUCGCUUUUGUCCACAGAAAGGACAUGCUAGCGGUUGGGGGAGCUCGAUGAGCAGGAGUAGCAGCAGCAACAGCAGGGGAGCAACAGCAGAAGCUAAAGCAGAUUCAGAAUCAGCGAAUGAAUAAAUGUAAAAUAUGUACCGUGCAUUUCUUUGGCAUUUCAACAUUUUUACUUUAUUUGCAAUUUUAUUUACUUGUCUGCUUGUGCGCUCGCCCUCCCAUCCCAUUUUUCCAUACCAUACCAUACCAUGCCAUCCCAGCCAGCCAAGCCAUUCAAGCCGUUGUUUGUUUGUUUGCUUACUUGGCGCUGAGUGCAUUGUAAAUGGAGAAUAAUUGCAUUGCAUAUAAAAAGCGUCGCGAUUUUUAAAUUGUAUAAGCGCACAGGAGCAGCAGCAGCACAGGAGCAACAGCAACGUGCAGCGUAAAAUGAUUUCUUUAAAUAUCAAAUUAUAAGAGCGGAAUGCAUAAUAAAUUCUAUACUUUAAGAGUUCUCGUUCCGCGUAGACCUAAGGCAGCUGUUGCGAAAUAAACGUUGAAAAUGUCUAACUUGA